GUGGGCGGGGCUAAAGGCGGAAGCGCUGUGUGUUUCUGAAAGGGAGCGUGCGGUCCUGGCUGUGAGAGCUGUCAACUCUUUGGAGUUCAUAACUACUGAUCAAAUUUACAUGAAGUAGCUGGUUAAACACCACUUGUUUGUCCAGGAAUGGGAGCUAACAACAGCACGCGUCGCGUGUCUUUUGAGUCGGACGAGAAUGAGAAUAUAACGAUAGUGAAGGGCAUAAGGCUCUCAGAGAAGGUCAUCGACCGCAUGAGGGAACCCUCAGGCCCACCACAGCCCCCCAUCAGAACCCCUCCUGCUUCUCCUCCCGUGGUUGAUCCUCUGCCAGCACUGGUGCCAAUAUCUCCUCCACCUGUCACUUCCUUUCCACCUCCUUCCUUGCCAGAGCGAGUAAAACUCCCUGAGCAAGUGACCACUCCUGCACCUCCUCCUCCUCCUCCACCACCAGCAGAGCCGGCCAUUUUCCCCCCACCUCCUCCUGUAGCGACAGCAGCAGCUGAAUCAGUGGGUGCUGUAUCAGCCCCUGCAGGUGAGUCCAUUUCUCCACCUGCUGCCGUAGCUGAGCUUACAACAGCAUCUCCACCUGUGGAAAUAAUUGCCCCACCUCCCUCUUCUAAACCCAGCACUUCUCCUCCCCUUGCUGAUUCUGUUGCCUCCCCUCUUGCUUUUGAGCUUUUCACACCUCUUCCUCCCCCGGUAGAAUCCAUUCCUACCCAUCCUAUCACUAAAACCGCUUCUGAAUCCAUCUCUGCUCCACCUGUAGAAAUAACCACCCCCUCCCCUCCAGCUGAACUUGUCGCUCCUGUUGCUUCCGCUGCUGAAACUAUCCCGCACCCUCCUCCGUCUGUAGAAAAACCUGUGGCUUCUUCAACACCACCACCUCCUACCGCGGAUGAGUCUGAACUGAGAAGAAAGAUCGCUGAAGAGCUGCAGAAAGGCCUGGAGGAAGAGAGGAGAAAGGCACGAGAGGAACUCAACCGAUGGCUGGAAAAGGAAAAGUCCCAGGCUCAUGUUCAGGCCCAGGCAGAAGCUCAAACCCAGGUAAAGGACGAGGUGAGCAGGAUCCUUGCAUUAGAGAAAGAGCAGAGCAUCCAGAAAGCCAUACUGAGAGAAAGAGUCACUGCUGAGGAUGAAAGACUGCAAGCUCAGAUAUAUCAGAUGGAGAGAAAGGCUAGACAGUUGGAGGAGAGAGACAAAGAGCUCCGGAAGCAGGAUGCCUUCUACAGAGAGCAAGUGGCCAAGCUGAAGGAAAGGAGUGCCCAGUUCUACAAGGUGACCAAUGAAAACUAUCACAAGGCAGCAGACGAGGUCAACGCCAAGUUCAAGCGGUAUGAAAUUAGUCCAGUGUGCACCGACCUUCAGGGGCAGAUUCUGAAGUGCUACAGAGAAAAUGCCGGGAAAACUCUGCUGUGCUCCAACAUCGCCUCUCUAUACAUGCAGUGUGUCAACAAUGCUAAACGGGACAAGUUGAGGACUGGAGGUUAAGUCUCUGAGCAGGAAGAGAGGAAGACCUGUUUGUAUCUGUGAUCUCACCGUUUAUCGACUGUCGCCAAGGAAAGACGCCACCCAGAGACACACCUGAACCAGAAUCUGCAGUGAUAGACUCCCUUGAACCUUCCUUUUUUACCUAUACCCUUUCCCAUCACUUUUACCUUCCUCCCUGUUAUUUCUCCUUUAUCCAGUAAAGGGAAACUGGUAUCCAUUUAUGAAAUGGACAGAAUCAGUAAACAGCGGCGAUCGUAGGUGGAACUCAAACGUUCUGAGCACCACGUUUUUUGGUUCACAAAGGAUUGCACACAGUGAAGAGAACCAAACUAGACACCAAAUAUUGGCCACUCUAGGCCAAUCUAGAACCAACCACAGCAGAACUCAGAAAUCUGAGUUGGUUCUAGAUUUGGUGGGUCUGGUUACGUAGCGUCAUUUAUCCAGCCGUCAUACCUGUGAUCACCACAAUCCUCCAUCACACUUCCCAUUGCACUAGUCACAUCUUCCAGCUGUUCGUUGUGUUUUCGCGGGUGAUGUUCAUUGACGUUUUUUUUUUUGUCUUGUCGUUAACACAGAAAGUUCAGGUCUGAUCCCCUGAUCUGCUUUAAAGAUUAAACAAUUCAAACCCUAAA